AUGGCGAAUGCACUGCCCCUCUGCCUGCUCCUGGCCCUACUGUUCCUGGCCCCAGCCCUGCCAGCACAGCACAAGCGAGGGCUCAUCUUCAACUUGGACACUGGGGAGCUGUGCCUGCAGAGCGCCCAGUGCAAGAGCGGCUGCUGCUACCGGGGCAGCGGCCUGAGCCUGGCGCGAUGUGCACCAAAAGCAGCUGAGUUCCAGGAGUGCUCCCCAAAGAGCAUCUAUGGAGUCUACUAUAAGUGUCCCUGUGAGAGCGGCUUGACCUGUGACGCUGAUAAGACCAUCGUGGGCUCCAUCACCAACAGUGACUUUGGUGUCUGCAAGGACCCCCGGGGCUCUGAUGGGUCGUGGUGA